AUGUUCUCCAAACUUGGCCAGACUGUCGCUAUCACCCUCAACCUCCUUGCGCCCGUCAUCUCGAAGACGGUGCACCCAUCCUCCUUUGCAGCGUCCAAGGCCAUCGACGUUGCCGCCAUCUCUUCUGCGUCCGAAAAACUCAAACAAGUCCCAGCUCACGCUACUUACUCCUUGUCGAUCAAAGAUCACAAGGAUAAGUCAACCAUCCACAGCGACUGGGCUUCGUUCGCAGAAGGAUCCGCAUUCGUAUUCAAGGCCGACAUGGAUACCGACUGUGACGGCCUUGACUACAAGUGCGAUGGCAACGCCGAUGGUCAACCCCUAACCAACUGGGGUGCGCUCUCCGCCUUCGAAGUUCCAUUCAUCGUCAUUCCUCAACGAUUUUUGGAAGCCAACCCGAAGGCUAUCCCCGGCAACAACGUGGCAGCAGUCAUCUGCAACAACAAAAUGUUCUACGGCAUCCUCGGAGAUACCAACGGCAACGACCCCCAAGUGACGGGCGAGGCCUCAUGGCUUCUCGCCCGAUCAUGCUUCCCCGAAGACAACCUCACCGGUAACAAAGGUCACGACCAAAUCGACGUGACCUAUAUCCUUUUUACCGGUGACGAAGCCGUUCUCCCACCCUCCGCCAUCAACGAGCAUUACAUCACCGACUUCACCAAACUUCAGUCCAUGGGUAAUCACCUCACCGCAUCCCUUAUGAAGAACCUGGGUAUCAAACCCCUCGACAACACAGGUUCGCCCCCACCACCAAAGGAUGACGGUUCCCAUGACGGCAAACAAGACGACGACUUUGUCCUCCCGGAUGUCCCCCCCGACAACAUCGACGACCCCACUAACAACAGCAAUGACAACGACAACCAGGGCGGUUCAGAUGACUCAUCUGACCGCCCGGGGUCCGACUCCGGCACCAACCACGAGGACAACGACGAUGUCGACUCUUCCGCCGCCAACGGGACAACGCCCCGAAGCUUAGCACUGUUCAUUGCAGUGCUAACCUUCCUUUUGUUGCUUUGA